AUGGCCUAUGGCUGGGGCCCCGCUGACCCUGCCAGCAGCCGCCUGAUGGGAAGUUCUCCGGCCUCCUCUUUCAUGGGCAGUUUCCUCUCCAGCAGCCUGGGCUCGGCAGCCUCCACGCACCCCAGCGGCCCCAGCUCCUCCCCCUCUGAGCAGGCCUACCGUGGCUCCCACCCCGCCACCUCCCAGAUCUGGUUCUCCCACUCCCACGAAGCUCCGGGGUACCCCAGAUUUUCGGGGAGUCUGGCAUCCACCUUCCUACCCGUGAGCCACUUGGAUCACCAUGGAAACAGCAAUGUUCUCUACGGGCAGCACCGUUUCUAUGGAACCCAAAAAGAUAACUUCUACCUGCGCAACCUACCGCCCCAGCCCACGCUGCUGCCGGCCAACCAUAACUUCCCCAGCGUGGCCCGGGCCGCCCCUGCUCACUCCAUGGGCUCCUGCAGCCGGGAUCGAGACCGGGGCGAGGCUGGCUCCCUGCAGAAGGGCCCCAAGGACUUCGACCGCUUCCUCGUGGGCAAAGAGCUGGCCAGAGAGAAGGCGGGCAAGGCGACUGAGGGCAAGGAGCGGCCGGCGGCAGAGGAGGACGGUGGCAAGGAGCGGCACAAGCUGGUGCUGCCCGUGCCGGCUGACGGGCACUGCAGGGAGGGUGGCCCCAUACCCCGAGGAGCCUGUGAGGGCCGCUCCAAGCACCUCACCUCCUGCCUCCUCAACACCAAGGUGCUCAAUGGCGAGAUGGGCAGGGCCGCGCUAGCCAGCUGUGCGGGGGGCGUGCUGGGGCGGCCUGGCGCGGGGGUGGCAACCUCUGGGCGCUGUGCGAAGGAGGCAGCAGGCCCCCCGGAGCCCGGGCCGGCCUUCAGCGAGUGCCUGGAGCGGCGGCAGAUGCUACACCACACCGCGUCGUAUGCCGGGCCGCCCCCGCCCCUCAGCACGGCCGCUGGCUCCUUCCCCUGCCUGCAGCUGCACGGGGGCCCUGACGGGCUCUGCCCACUGCAGGACAAAGUCCCCCGGGACCUAAAGGCCAGCGGGCCCACCUUCGUGCCUUCUGUGGGACACCUGGCCGACAAGGGCCGCCCCUUCCAGGCCACUGAGGCCUGCGCUGUGGCAGGGGAGGGCAAGGACCGGCACCUAGAGGGAACCAUGGCCCCCGACCACGCUGCAGCCUAUGGAGUCUCCUAUGCCCACCUGAAGGCUGAGAGCAAGGGCGAGCGGCGGCCUGGGGGCUUUGAGGCGGCCCUCAACCCCCGGCUAAAGGGCCUAGACUAUCUCGGCAGCGCAGGCCCUGAGGCCUCCUUCCCUGGACUCCCUAAAGGUAGUCUGGACAAAAGCGGCUACUUCGAGUUGCCCACCUCUUCACAAGACUGUGCCCGGCCUGGUCACCAGGACCCGCUGGGCGGGAAGGCCCCCCAGGCCUGCUGCACUUUAGAUAAGACUGCUGGCAAGGAAGCCCCGGCCGGCCCCCCGGGGGCACAGAAGGUGGCCCGGAUCCGGCACCAGCAGCACUUGGUGGCCCCCGAGGUGGAACAGGGGGGCAUUGGGGCUGAGGCCAAGCGCAAGUCCCUGGAGCUGGCAUCCCUGGGCUACAGCGGGCCCCACCUGCCCCCAUGGGGUGUCCAGGCAGGCCCGGGCACCGCCAUGGCCAUCAGCGAGGAGCGCAAGGCUGGCGCCUACCUGGACCCCUUUGGCAGCGGCCUGCAGCAGGCAGCCCUUCUGCCCCAGGAACUGCCUGCACCACCGGACGAGGUCUCGGCCAUGAAGAACCUGCUCAAGUACAGCAGCCAGGCCCUAGUUGUGGGCCAGAAGGCACCUUUGGUGGGCCUGGGCGGCCUCAAGGCCAGCUGCGUCCAGCAGGAAGCGAAGUUCCUGUCCUCUAAGGCCCCAGGCCAGUCGGAGAGGCCGGACUGUGCCCGCAGCCGGGAGCACGACACCAUGCACGGUGACGGGGAGGUGCGGCAGCCCCCUGUGGGCAUCGCAGUGGCCUUGGCCCGGCAGAAGGACACGGCGAGCCGGUCUGAGGCAGCCUACAGCACCAACACCGCGCGACAGGGCCGGGCCGCCCCCGCUUUCAAAGCUGGCGGUGGGCCCCGUUCCACACACGCGCUGGACCUGGAGGCCGAGGAGGAGAGGACCCGGCUAUGUGAUGACCGCCUGGGGCUCGCCGGCCGCGAGCUGCUGCUGCAGGACAGCAAAGACCGCGUAGAGUUCGCCCGGAUCCACCCACCGAGCAGCUGCCCUGGGGACCUGGCCCCCCACCUCAUGAUGCAGAGCAGCCAGCUGGGCGGGGACGCAGCCCCCCACACCCACCCGCAUCCCCCCUGGCUGCCCCGCACCCGCAGCCCCUCCCUGUGGAUGGGGGGGCACUCCUACGGCCUGGGGCACCCUGCCCUGCACCAGAACCUGCCCCCCGGCUUCCCCGCCUCUGUGGCUGGCCCUGUGCCCUCUGUCUUCCCCCUUCCCCAGGACGCCCCCACUCAGCUGGUCAUCCUGCCCUCAGAGCCCACACCCCACAGCGCCCCCCACGCACUUGCGGAUGUCAUGGACCAGGCCUCGCUGUGGCCCCCCAUGUAUGGGGGCCGGGGCCCUGCCUCUCACAUGCAGCACCCCGGCCAGCUCCCCGUGUACUCGAGGCCACAGCUCCUCCGGCAGCAGGAGCUCUAUGCUUUGCAGCAGCAGAGGGCCGCCCAGUUCCAGCGGAAGCCGGAAGACCAGCACCUGGAUCUGGAGGAGCCCGCCCAGGAGAAGGCCCCGAAGUCCACUCACAAGCCAGUUGCCUUAACCCCCACGGCCCCAGGCGCCCCCUCACCCGCUGCAGGCCCCACCAAGCUGCCACCCUGCUGCCACCCGCCCGCCCCAAAGCCCCCUGCCAGCUGCCCCACCCCACCACCUCGGCCCAGCGCCCCGUGCACUUUAAAUGUCUGCCCUGCCAGCAGCCCCGGGCCUGGCUCCCGGGUGCCCAGCGCCGAGGAAAAGACUGGGGAGGGUCCGCAGUCCACGGCUGACAUCGUCACGUCCGAACCAGACCUGCCUCCCGGAUACCUGCGCCCCGUGGCUGGCCUGGGCUUCUCCCUACCCUCAGACGUGCACUCUUCUAACCUCGAGGACCCUGAAACUAUGCAAACCGCCACCCUGGGGGCCCAGCCUGAGCCCACAAGGACAUUCCUGCCUGGGGAGCCACCUCCCUGCAGCCCCAGGAGCCUGGAGGAGCCCGGGCUGCUCUCAGGGGCCAGGGAGGCCACCCAGGACCUUGCCGCCACCCCCCACCCUGCCGAGCGGGGACCCCAGGGGAAGGCAGCGGACCCCAGCCCACUUGAGGGGCUACAAGAACUGCAAUGUGGGGCCCUCCUCGAGGCAGGGGGCCCCGAGGCCACCGGCCAGGCUCAUUCUACUCAGGGAGGGGCACGAGAAGAGAGGAGCAGGGAGGAGGGGGAGCAGGAGCCCUCGUCAGGGGCCUCCCCGCAAGUCCUACAGCAGCAAGCAGGGAGCCUGGGUGCCCUUGAGGACGAGGGAGAGCAGCCGACCGCUGAGGAGGACGAGCUGGAGGAAGAUGAGCUGGGGCAGCAGAGCAUGGAGGACUCAGAGGAGGACUGUGGGGGAGCUCCCAACAACAGCCACCCACCCAGGGCGCUACCAGGCCUGGAUGCUUUGGUGGCCGCCACCAUCGACCUGGGGGACCUGCCCAGUGACAGCCCACCAGACCCUCAGCCCCCAGCAGCCUCUGGGCCCCCCAGCACAGCCCCCCUGCCCCAUAGCUCAGGGACUCAUGGAAUCGCUCUGCUCAGCGAGCUGGCUGACCUGGCAAUCCAGCGGCAGAGGAGUGAGAGGGCUGUGCCAGAGGAGGAAGAGGACGUGCUAGCCUUCAACCUGCAGCACUUGGCCACGCUGGCCACAGCCUGGUCCCUGGUGGAGGCCGCUGGCCUAGACAGCACCACUGCCCCAGCACAGCCACCCACGGCCGACCCCUGUAGCGGCCCCAGGCUCACCCCCCGCAUGCAGAUCCUGCAGCGCAAGGACACCUGGACCCCCAAGACCAAACCUGUGUGCCCCUUGAAGGCCGCCAUCGACCGGCUGGACACACAAGAGGUGGGGAUGCGUGUGCAGCUGGCAGAGCUGCAGCGGCGCUACAAGGAAAAGCAGCGGGAGCUGGCCCGCCUGCAGCGCAGGCACGACCAUGAGAGAGACGAGAGCUCACGGAGCCCUGCGCGGCGGGGGCCUGGCCGGCCGAGGAAGCGCAAACACUCGAGCUCACUGCCUGCCCCACGUCCCACGGGGCCGCUCCCCAGGAGCGAUGGCAAGAAAGUCAAGGCGGUGCGGACAAGCCUGGGUCUGCUGUGCGCGGAGCUGCGAGGGGGCAGCGGGGGCGAGCCUGCAAAGAAACGGAGCAAGCUGGAGAGGAGCGUCUACGCGGGCCUGCAGACCGCCUCUGUGGAGAAGGCACAGUGUAAGAAGAGCGGCUGCCCAGGCGGGCUGGCACCCUCUGUGGCCCACAGGGUGGCCCAGCUGAAGCCCACGGUCAAGAGCAAAGGGCUGCCCACAGGCCUCAGCUCUUUCCAGCAGAAGGAGGCCACCCCCGGGGGGCGCAUCCGGGAGAAGCUGUCCCGGGCCAAGAGUGCCAAGGUGUCUGGGGCCACGCGGCACCCACAGCCCAAGGGCCACAGCAGCCGGGAGACACCCAGGUGCCCAGCCCAGCCCUCCGUGGCUGCGUCCCGGGAGGCAGGCAAUGGCUAUGACAGUGAGGACUGUGAGGGUCUCCUGGGGACAGAGGCACCACCCAGGGAGGCAGGGCUGCUGCUGCGUGCCGGGGCCAGUGUGGCCGUGCUGGGGCCCUCGCCCUCCUCUGUGGUCAAGAUGGAGGCCAACCAGAAGGCCAAGAAAAAGAAGGAGAGGCAGGGGUUGCUAGCCCACAAGCUGCUUCGGGCCAAGAAGGCCGAGAGGGUGGAGGCCGAGAAGGGUGGGCGGCGGCGGGCCGGCGGCGAGUUCCUGGUCAAGCUGGACCACGAGGGUGUGACCUCCCCCAAGAACAAAACCUGCAGGGCGCUGCUCAUGGGGGACAAGGACUUCGGCCCAAAGCUCGGGCGGCCCCUGCCCAGCCCCAGCUAUGCGCACCCGGCCCUUGUGGGCAAGGACAAGAAGGGGCGGGCACCCAUCCCCCCGCUGUCCAUGGGGCUGGCACUGCGCAAGUACGCGGGCCAGGCAGAAUUCCCACUGCCCUACGACAGCGACUGCCACAGCUCCUUCUCGGACGAGGACGAGGACGGGCCGGGGCUGGCGGCCGGUGUGCCCUCCCGCUUCCUCGCCCGUCUGUCCGUGUCCUCCUCCUCCUCCGGCUCGUCCACCUCCUCCUCCUCAGGCUCUAUGUCCACCUCCAGCCUCUGCUCCUCUGACAACGAGGACUCGUCCUACAGCUCAGACGACGAGGACCCAGCCCUGCUGCUGCAGACCUGCCUCACCCACCCCCCUGACCCCUCUGGCCCCCAGGGCAAGGGCCGGGCCGUGAGCCGCCUGCUGGAAAGCUUCGCUGUGGAGGACGACUUUGAGUUUGACGACAACAGCAGCUUCUCAGAAGAGGAGGAGGACGAGGAGGAAGAGGAGGAGGACAGCAGCCCCCUGAGCGCAGAGCAGAGUGCCGCCCUGGCGCGCUCAUGUGCCAUCCACAAGGAGGACCUGCGGGACGGGCUGCCCGUGCUCAUCCCCAAGGAAGACAGCCUGCUGUACGCGGGCAGCGUCAGGACCCUGCAGCCACCCGACAUCUAUAGCAUCGUCAUCGAGGGUGAGCGGGGCAACCGGCAGAGGAUCUACUCGCUGGAGCAGCUGCUGCAGGAAGCGGUUCUUGACGUGCGGCCACAAUCCAGCCGGUACCUCCCGCCCGGCACGCGGGUCUGCGCCUACUGGAGCCAGAAGUCUCGAUGUCUGUACCCGGGCAACGUGGUCCGGGGGGCCUCCGGUGACGAAGAUGAGGACCUGGACUCGGUAGUGGUGGAAUUUGACGACGGGGACACCGGCCACAUCGCUGUCUCCAAUGUCAGGCUGCUGCCGCCUGACUUCAAGAUCCAGUGCACAGAGCCCUCUCCAGCCCUGCUAGUGGCUAGCAGCUGCCGGAGGACCAAGAAGGCGUCCAGCGAGGCCCCCCCGCCCAGUGAAGCCACCACCCCCAGCCUGUCCCCCAAAGCACAGGAUGGCCCCGAAGCUUUGAAGACACCCGGGAAGAAAUCCAUUAGCAAAGACAAAACUGGUAAAGCCGAACUCCUAACCUCAGGUGCCAAAUCCCCCACGGGGGCCUCCGACCACUUCCUGGGCCGCCGUGGCAGCCCCUUGCUGAGCUGGUCCGCAGUGGCGCAGACCAAGCGGAAGGCAGUGGCAGCGGCCAGCAAGGGGCCGGGGGUGCUGCAGAACCUCUUCCAGCUCAACGGCAGCAGCAAGAAGCUGCGGGCCCGCGAGGCCCUGUUCCCCGUGCACAGCAUGAGGGCCUGUCGCCUGUCCAGCCCUGAAAGUGAGGUCAAGAUCAAGAGGCGGUCAGUGAAGGCCAAGGUGGGCACCACCCUGGAGCGGGCCUCAGGGCAGAGGCCCCCAGGUGCGCUGGGCAAGAAGAAAGCCAAGGGCAAGGCCAAGGGCGGCCUGCGGGCAGAGCCAGGGGCCACCCCUAGCAGGGACACCCUCUUCAACCCCUCUCGGGCCUUCACCUGCCGUGAGGAGGGCAGCCAGCUGGCCAGCGAGCGCCUCAAGAGGGCCACGCGCAAGGGCACGGUGCUGCAGCCAGUGCUGCGGCGGAAGAACGGGGCCCUGUCCAUCACACUGGCUGCACGCAAUGCCAAGGCCAUCCUGGGGAAGGGCCGGAAGCUGAGCAAGGUGAAGCGCAAGGCCAGCAAGCAGUGCCUCACCCACCCCGUGCCCACCCUCCUGGCCCAGCCCGAGGCCCUGCGCUCCAAGGGCGGCGGCCCUCACGCGCAUGCCCAGCGCUGCUUCCUGUCCAGGGCCACGGUGGCUGGCAGCGGUGCGGGCUCAGGCCCCAGCAGCAGCAAAUCCAAGCUCAAGCGCAAAGAGGCCCUGAGCUUCUCCAAAGCCAAAGAGCUCUCCCGGAGGCAGCGGCUGCCCUCCGUGGAAAACCGGCCAAAGAUCUCAGCCUUCCUGCCCGCCCGGCAGCUCUGGAAGUGGUCGGGGAACCCCACACAGCGGCGUGGCAUGAAGGGGAAGGCCCGGAAGCUGUUCUACAAGGCCAUCGUGCGGGGCGAGGAGACUCUGCGUGUCGGGGACUGCGCCGUCUUCCUGUCAGCUGGCCGGCCCAACCUCCCCUACAUCGGCCGCAUCGAGAGCAUGUGGGAGUCCUGGGGCAGCAACAUGGUGGUCAAGGUCAAGUGGUUCUACCACCCCGAGGAGACCAAGCUGGGCAAGAGGCAGUGCGACGGCAAGAACGCACUGUACCAGUCCUGCCAUGAGGAUGAGAACGACGUGCAGACCAUCUCCCACAAGUGCCAGGUUGUGGCACGCGAGCAGUACGAGCAGAUGGCCCGGAGCCGCAAGUGCCAGGACCGGCAGGACCUCUACUACCUGGCGGGCACCUACGACCCCACCACCGGGCGCCUGGUGACAGCCGAUGGCGUGCCCAUCCUAUGCUGAGCCGCCCACCGCAGAUGCCUCCCACCUGUGCCAGGGACCCUGUGUGCGGAGCCUGGCAUCAGCCAAGCCGCCGGGCAGGAGGCAGCCCCAGCCUCCCAGGGGCGAGUCUGAGCAAAUAUGCAAAAGCCCACAGGGCAAGACCAGGCUUUCUUAGGUUUUCCCUGGAAAGAGCGUUCCAGGUGUCGGAACCCAGUCCCGUCCCAUCCGCUGCGGAGGGUCGGGCUGUGGCCCUGAUGGGUCCCUGGCCCGCCCCGCCCACAGCACCCUCCGUUUCCCGCACCGGCAGUUCACGGGAGAUUCGAAUCCAAGCCAUAUUCCCUAGUACCUCCGACUGUCUCCCACCAGGGAAAGCAGAAAUCAGGUGUGUUGUCUAUUUAUUUCUCUAUGUAAAUACUGUAUUUCUGCGGGGAAGUUUUAUGGAAAAAUGUGGAAAAGGGUUUUUCCCCAUCCGCGUGACAAGGUGUGUGUGAGCGCGUGUGUGUGUGUGCUUGUGUGUGGCGAUUUUUGUCCUGGGGUUUCCUUUGGAAAUGCACUGUUCUCAGCCCAGCUGGGUUCCAAUGGGGGCACCUGGGACGACAGAGGCAGCUCGGGGCAGGGGGCAGAGGCCACGGGAGGGUCAGGUGGGACCCUUGGUGGCACCCUCCAAUCUCUUGGGGGGACAACCGUGUAAGAUGAAAGUCAGUCGAGUUUAUUUGCUUUCAGUGCGUCUCCUAGAAGUGUUAGAGCAGGGGGCGGUGAUGAGGGGCCUGUAGGGAAAGAAGAAUUCAAGAGGCAAAGCCCAGACCAGGGAGUGUGACAGCAGCCGUGUGCCUCUCACCUCUGUUCAAAACAAGACAAAGACGAACAAAUAUUUUAAAGUAUUGAUAAGAAAAA